CUUUAUGGUUGUGUUAUUGCUCUUCGUCCGGAACUGACCAUGGCAGCCUUCAACAGGGUCGCACGGAAUGUGCUGCAGAAGAGCCCAAAUGAUGUUGUGUUGCUCUCAGCAGUCAGGACACCGAUCAAUCGAAGUUUCAAAGGAGGUUACAAAGAUGCGCACCCAGAAGAUAUUCUGAUUCCCGCCUUGAAGGCUGCGGUGCAGCGUGCUGGUAUCCAACCAGGGGACGUGAACGAUGCGAUGAUUGGAAAUGUUCUCGCAGAGCUCGGUUUUGCAAAGACUGGCCGUAUGGCCCUCAACCAUGCUGGAUUCCCGAAUUCGACAACCUUCCACACCGUGAACCGUCAAUGCUCAAGCAGUCUUCAGGCAAUCACCCAUAUUUCGCAUUCGAUCAUGGUCGGUCAGGUUGACGUUGGCCUCGCUGGAGGAGUGGAAAGCAUGUCCAGGAACUAUGGCUCACGAGGCAUCCCCACGGAUGUCUCACCAACACUGCUAGGUUCGCCAGUCAAAGAUGCAAGAGAUUGCUUGAUGCCCAUGGGUAUCACAUCGGAAAAUGUAGCAGAGAGAUAUGGGAUCGGUCGAAAAUCGCAGGACGAAUACGCGGUGCGGAGCCACGCUCGAGCCAGCCGAGCCCAAACUGAAGGCUAUUUUGAUUGGGAAAUCGUGAAAGUUACAGUUCCGCGCAUCGACGAAAAGACGGGCCAGCCAACAGGAUACGAGGUAGCCAAGGAUGAUGGAAUCAGGCAUGGAUUGACCUAUGAGAAGGUCUCCCAGCUUAAGCCAGUGUUCGGCGAGAACGGCAAGAGCACAGCUGGAAAUUCCUCUCAAAUAUCUGAUGGCGCGUCAGCCACGAUUCUAGCAAGACGGUCCUGGGCUGAAGAACGCGGUCUCAAACCUUUGGGCCGCUUUGUUGGAACACAAGUCAAAGGAUGCGCGCCAGAUGAGAUGGGCAUAGGGCCCAUCUACGCAAUACCUGCUUUAUACAAGUUUACUGGCAUCGAGCAGAAGGACGUCGACAUAUUCGAGUUGAACGAGGCCUUCGCAAGUCAGACCAUAGCAUGCAUCCGGGAGCUCGGCUUGGAUGAGGACAAGGUGAACCCCAACGGAGGUGCGAUUGCGCUGGGCCAUCCUACUGGAGCUACAGGUGCGCGGCAGACGGCAACACUCCUCGGUGAAUUGAGGAGGCAGGACAAGGAGAUUGGGAUCGUGAGCAUGUGUGCUAGCACAGGUCAGGGGGUAGCGUCCCUGUUCAUCCGAGAAUGAG